AUGCCAAAGAAAGACAGCAAUUUGAAUGAGGAUGUGCCGGGGAAGGAAUCUUACAUUGAUAGAUUGCGUCCGAAUUUAUUCUUUUCUUUCGUUUUAGAGACGCUCUCGGAAGUUCCUGAGGGGGAGGUGGGGGAUGAUCUUUCCGAGAUGCCAAUCACUAUUGAUGUGAAGGAAAAUGGGUACAUUGACCAGUCCUACUUUCAAGAGCCGAGAACCUGCGGGCUUUCCGAUUACAGUGACAGCGAAAGUGUCGCUGAUUGCAUUACUAGUGUCCGCGAACAACUGUCUGUUAACCAGUGGAGUGGAGGAAAACUUGAUUUCAAACACCAAGAAAAACGAGGCUCCAGAGUACGCUAUGAUUCACGGGGAUUUCGCGUACCUGACGACGAUCCAAUCAAAUUUCAUCUUCUCACGGAGGACGAAGCAGUCGAGGUUCUUUACAAAAGCAUUAUUGCUGUUCAGGAAAAUCUGCUUGUGAUGAACAAACCCCCGGGAAUAGCUUGCCAUGGUGGCCAAGGUCAGUACUUAAGCGUGGACAGUCUUCUUCCCAGAUUAGCUCGUAAAUUUCGACACGAUUCUUACAGUGAGAGCGACAUGCUCCAAUUGACUCACCGAAUCGACAAGGCGGCAACCGGUAUACUCCUUAUCUCAAGAAAUCGAGAUACACACCUUAAGCUGACUGAAGCAUUUGCCAAUCGUUGGAUCAGAAAGUCGUACUUGUGCAUCACAUCGGGCAUUCCGCGCCAAAGAGAAGGCAAAAUUUAUUUGCCCAUAUCAGAGAAACAAAUCAACGGUGUGUACCGGAUGGUGGCGCAUCGCCCGCGUUUAGAGUUGCCAGUAGGCGAUGAUGUCUUGAGAGAUGAAGGAGAAGUGGUAGAAACACGCAAAACGACUAAUGCCAUCACCCAUUUCACUGUCCUUGACAGGCACAAUGACACAGCCCUUUUGGAGUGCUGCUCGGUAACAGGCGUGAGGCAUCAGAUUCGUGUCCACCUAAGUACGGCGCUGGAGACGCCAAUUCUGGGCGAUCACAAAUAUGCACAUUUCGGGUAUCUAGCACCUCAGCGCCUGUCAAAACGGACUCUUGAAGCUCUAGGAAUACGUCAAUCGAAGGUACGCCACCUGGGGCUGUACCUGCACGCACACAGCGUCAAAUUCGGCAGUGCUACCACUACAGCCAUCACGCCCUCCUCCAGCCUGUCAUCUCAACCACCACCAGGCUUCUUCACCUUUUUGAGCCGAGAGCGACUUCGCGAAGUGCGCCAGUUCGUUGCUCCCUUGCCUUCUUUCUUCCUCGCUACCCUCAACUGUCUCGGUAUUCGCAUUCCCCACUCACUACGCUGGACUCGUUUCAAGCUCUUCUGA